AUGCGCGCCUCUAUUACUAUUUUCGUUGCCGCUCUAGCCGGACUCGGACUUGCUGCACCUGCUGUUCAGUCCGAAAAGCGGUGGUCAGAGGAGUAUGCAAAGGAUCAUUUGGCUGCAACAUGGCUCAAGAAACACGGUGCUCCAUCGUGGUUUCCUGAAUCGUACGGCCCAGGGAACGACGAAUAA